AUGCAAUUCCACAUGGUCAUACUAUUUCUGGUCUUCAUCACUUGCAGCUCAUCCUAUUUUCUUGGCCAUCACAAUGGAAUAUUAUUAGACAUAUUUACGAAAUCCAAAACGAGUUCUGUACAAACACGAUGCAAUGAAGUUUUGUGCUGUCCUGAAGGUUUUAUUUGUGGUUUUGGAACCACUUACUGUUAUAAUGAGUAUGGAAUAUUGCAACAGUUAAUGAUAAGCUGUCAUUGA